AUGCACGGCAGCGACGCCAGAGGCCGCAGAGUCUCUCUGCUCAACGAUGACGAGAUGACUGGGGCAACUGCUCGCCACUCGGCCUUCGUUUGGCCGACAGCGCAAUCUCAGCACUAUGCCGGCAGCGACUCUUCGCUACCAAACACUCCUGCACUCCUCCGAUCGGACUCUUUCGACUCUCAGCUCAGCGAAGCCGCCAUCUCGCCCUUGACACCCCCGGGGGACAGCUACUACGGAAGCGUGCGGCCCAUGACCUACGCCUUUGGGCGCGACUCCGCCGCGUCUUGUGUCCCCGAGCGCCCCGUCAAGCGCUAUCCCUGCCGCUACCGUGAGCUCCAUGGGUGCGAAAAGACCUUCACCACCUCGGGCCACGCUUCUCGCCACUCCAAGAUCCACACGGCGGAAAAGGCGGUCCACUGCCAAUACCCGGGAUGCCACAAGAAGUUCACCAGAGCCGACAACAUGAAGCAGCAUCUGGAAACCCACUUCAAGGACAAGACCCGAAGCUCGUCGGGCAGCCACCGCACCAGCAAGGCCUCUCUGGCCUCCAGUGCGCGCCGCAGCUCGACCGCAUCCAGCCGGAGCAUGUCCUCCACAACCGGGCCUGACUCCUUUGUUUUCUGGGACGAGAGCGAGCUUCGCCAGAAGCAGAGCCUCUCGCCGACGUCUCCGCUUUCGCAGCCAACCCGCGACUGGGAGCCUGGCAUGGGCGGUAUUGAGCUUCCAUUGCUCAAUCGUCCCUCUGCCGUCGGUCGCAUGCCCAGCGGCCUCGAAACUUUGGCCAUGGCUGUGGAGAUGGAUUGCCGCGAAGGUCGAGGACUCUGA